UCAGCUUCUCCUACAUCUAAUAAUAAUAAUAAUAAUAAUAAUAAUCAACUUAGAUUUUUUCCUAUUGCCAGCACCAGAUAACCCCUUAAAUCUUAUUUAUUAGGGUACCCGGGUGGCCCCAGAUUUUGCUCUGCAAGUUUUUUUCUAUAUUUUACGCAGAAGGCUCUCUAAUGGCAUCAGAAAUAGCAGUCAAAUCUUCAACCAGAAGAAGCUUCUUCAUGGCCCAAGUCAUGCUCAGAAUUCUAGCCAUUGCUUUCACCUUGGCUGCAAUCUCUGUCAUGCUCACCAGCACCGAAUCUGUUAUGCUAUUUGGGAUCAAACUUGUUGCCACUUACAGUGACUCUUCUGCAAUGAGGUUCUUCCUUGGUGCGAACAUAACAGCAUGUAUAUUCUCGUUCCUAUCACUAAUCUUUGUUUGCGUUAUUAGCCGUUCAGAAUCACAACUCAACAAGUGUUUUUAUCUAUUUUUGCACGACAUGGUGAUAAUGGUGUUGCUGAUAUCUGGAUGUGCUGCGGCGAGUGCAAUUGGUUAUCUGAGUAAAUAUGGAGAAGAAAAAAUUGGUUGGACGGCUGUUUGUGACAGCGUCAGCAAAUUUUGCAACCGAGUAAUGAUAUCGCUUGUGUUAUCUUACUUGGGUUUCUUCUCCUAUAUGGCACUUGCAAUUAUGGCUGCCAAGAAAUUUAUGAGUACAGCUUCUGAGAGAUGAACACGAAAGAGGGAUGAGAUUUAAGAUUGAGACUGUAAAAGAGAGGGAGUGGCUCUCGAUUUCCCACUUUUCUCUGUUCCAAGCUUGAUCCAUCUCUGGCAAUUCAUAGUCGUCAGGUCUUAGUGACAGUUGGAAAUCUGGUAGCUCUGGUGCUUGAAGAGCCCUGCAUCAUUAAAAAUGAAGCAAUUUACAUUAUGAGCUCUAGAAUGAAUACAAUGAACUAAAAUUACAUAGAAAAUACGAGACCCUUACUUCUCUUCUUCUAAGAGAUAACCAUACAUCUGAGACUUCCUUGAUGCAACUUCUGGUAUUUUCUGAUGUAAAUGCUUCAUAGCACCCCAAAGUGGAGGAGAUCUUGCCAAAAACAAAAUCAAAAUGGAAAUAUGAUUGAGCUACGAAGUAAGAAAAAGCAAAAAAAUCACCACAGGUAACCAAUUAGAAACUAACCUGGUUAUCGGAGCUGCAAGGCAAAAGCUUAAGCAGGCCCUUUUGCUCUCUGCUAGCAGUUCUUCCGCGGCAAGGAAACAACACACGGCGCUAACAUGACAAGACGGUUCAUUACCCUUGUCGAGUAUAAGACCAUGGUAAUAGUACGCUGCAGCCUGAUAUAUUUGCUGAGUAAUUAGAAUUUGAUAUCGAUAAUUUAUUAAUUGCAGCAACAGAACUAUGCAUAUAUACUGUAAUCA